GUUGUGAAGAGCAGCAGACAGAGAGAACAUGUCGCAGCAACAGGAUGUCCAGCAGAAGCAGAAGCAGCAGCAGCAAACAGCCGCAGACCUGGACCCCAUCGAUGCCGCCGUGGUGCGACUCGCUCACCAGCAUGACCACGCACCCACCACGGCUAGUGCUCCAGCUGCUUCCACUUCACCCGCCCGCUCCUCCCUCGCUAUCCCCAAGAAGCCCAAGAAGCAGCAGCAGAAGAAGAAGAAGCAGCAGACGGCCGCCGAGCAGCAACAACAACAUCAACAUUUCCAGCCAUCCCUCGCAAACCUAGCCAAAGCGCAAGAUGUCAAUGCAUCCACUGCAUCUGCUACAGCUACUGCUACAGCUACAACAGCCGCCGGCCAGAAUGCAGAUGGCAUGCAGUCCCUCUUAUCCGCCAUUGAGCUCGAUCUCACAGGCCAAGGCGGCUCCUUCCAAGAUCGAGAGCGCGAAUAUCUAGAGCUCAUGCAUACUCAAUUCACAGAGGAGCAUCAUGAGCGCGUUGCCAAUGAUGAAGAAUUCACCCAAGACACUGUCGAUUAUGGCCUCUCCCAUAUCGCCCAUGCCAAUGCACAGGGACUCCAAACUAAUGACUUGCCCCUCAAUUUGCAGUUGCCCAUGCUACAGCAGCAACAGCAGCAGCAACUCUACCAGCAGCAGCAGCAACAACAGCUCCAUCAACAUCAGCAACACCAACAACAACUCGCGCGCAACAGGCAACAUCAGCAAGCCGCCACCAUCCCAGCACCGCCCAUCAAUCGUAAACGCAAAUGGCCAGGCUUCCCACCAAAAUGGCAAGAUGCCACAGCGCGCCUCACUCGCAUCCGUCAAGUCAUCACGCAACACCUACCACUCCUACUGCAUCAACAAUACGGAGCGCGUGCACCUGACCCUAUUCGAGAACCACGCUUGACGACCCUGCGUUGCACGUAUGCGCAAAUUGGUCAAAAGUCGUAUGGUCAUGAGAAGCGCUUCUUGACACCACCCCCAUAUUGUACCAUUUCUGGGAAUUACGCACCGUUGCUGGGAGACACACCCACAGCGCACAUGUCGGUGCAUGCUGAUAUCGGCUCACAGAGUAUCCUACAAACCGCUCAACUCGAUACAAAUGGACACAUCUACUUCAAGCAACUCCACAUCAAUGCCGGGUCUGUUGGGAAAUCCAAGAAAUUCUCCCUUCGUCUACAGAUUGCUGCAAAAGGUGCUGUCCAUCCAGCGCAUGUACCGUUUGCUGAUUUCGAUACGGAUGAUGUCUACAUCAUCAGUAAAGCCACCAAAAAGACCACCAAAACACGCAUGCAGGUGCCGAUUCUAAAACACGGUGGUCUCAUUGCCCUGUACAAUCGCAUCAAUUCACAAACCGUACGCACCAAGUAUCUCGGUGAGGAAUUUGGCAGUAUGAUUGUCAAGGCUGAUUCUUGGGCUCCCUUUCGCAUUGACUUGUUCUCACCCGGUGAACCGGAUGCGCAGGGCAAUAUCCCGAUUCCCUAUGGUGCAAAAGUCUCCCUCAGCAAUAUCCAAACGGGCUUUGUUUCUGAACCAUUGAUUGUGAAGCGUGUUGAGAAUAACUUGAUUGAAGAGCAAGAUAUGGGAUACCUCUCACAAAUGCAAAAACUCAUCUUUGAGCGUUGGUCACCAGAGAUGCAAGGAUCCUCGUAUGAGGCACAGGAAGGUACGCAACAGGCCGGGAGUGUGUUGGAUCCAUCACUCGAUGAGCAAGACUAUAGUGCGCGUUAUGUGGCUGAUCCAACGGUAGAUGAAGCUGUUGUGGAGGCAGAUACCUCGCUAUUGCCGCAUUACACGCUCCCUGCUUCUGUCAACCAAUUCGAUCAACCCUCCAAGGACACAACAGAAGCGCAAGCUAAGGAUGUGCCGUUGCUCGAUACAGAGACUCAAGCCAUCUUGGAUCAAUCCAACGUCGCUCCCGUCUCCACCACACAAACGCAACCUCAACGUUUUGGUACAAAACUCUACCUUUCUGCCUCACGCGCUCAACGCAUGAUGAAGGAACUGAAUGGUCAUCAAGCAGACCCAACGACAUGCUGGGAUCAUGCCUCAUUAGAUGAACAUGGCACUCCCAAAGCAGAUGAUCCACUCUGUUGGCUCGUGGUGGGUGUCACGCAAUUUGAGUUUAGUUUUUUGGAUUGCUUGGAUCAAGUAGGUGCCGAUGCUGUACCGGAACCAACGGUUGAAACGGUCUUAUCGGAAACAGUGCAUGAUGAGGCCUUAUUGCAGGAGGCAGGGAAGGAGGACGAUGGGGAAGCUAUCAAGAGUUUGGCGGCUGGACGACCGAAGCGUGGUCGUCGUGAUGUCGCACAAAUUGCUGAACCAACCAAACGUCGUCGUCGCGGUGAAAAGGAAGUGGAGGCAGAGAAGGUUGAGGACAAGGCCGCCGCGGCAGAGUCAGAGCCUGCUAUGCAACCAGAACAAGUGGAUGUCACAACAACCCUUCAACCCGAUACAGCAGGGACUGCACAGCUCUUACCGGAUGCAGAGCAACCAGUGGAUAUGGACCCUGAUUUCGCCGCAAUCAAUGGACUCUUGCCACAACAACCGGAACAAGCUUCAGAGAUUCAUCUCGAAACAGCCAUCACACCAUUCCCCGUCCUUGAAGCACGACCCAGCGUUCUCAGCAAUGGACGGUUAUUGUUGCUCGUGAAUCAUUUCUUGCAGCAAGGCAGUCAUCUACCUACCUUGGAGAUUUGGUUGGGUGCUGUAGGUCCAUUGGCUAUUACGCGCAUGACGCAGGAUACGUCCGGUUAUGAGACAAUGUCGGGGACCUCUUCUGGUUUGGUUGCCUUGGAAGUGGCCAUGCCCUCUGCACAGGAAAUGCUGCAUUACAAGAAAGUACCCUUGUUGUUUGUGCGGCAAGAUGGAUUGGUGUAUGUGUCUGGGUGUGAAAUUGUCAUUCAGGAUGGCGGACACUCCGUCAUGGAAGUCGAGCAGCUUUGA